ACACUAUGGAAGAAGAAGAAGAACUGGUGGGAAAUUUGACAGGAAGGACUGUUGGUCACAAUUGACCGAAAAUUCUCUCCAUACAUUAAUCGGGAAUUUAUUCAUGUUCAUACAACAUGGACCGCUACGUGUUAGUUGUAUCCUUUUGCAAAACUGAUGACGACUUGGCAGAAAAUUGUACAUGUCUGGAACCAGUGAAGAAGAUUUAUAACAGACUUGUGGACGCUUCAAAUCAGGAAUCAGCAAGAGGGAUUUCUGUAUUUCCAGCUUGUUCUUUGAAUGGCAGUCCAUCAGUUCAGAGGUGGUACUUUUCUGUUCAGGCUUGCCAUGGGAUGACACAAUUCUGCAGCUCAGACUGGGAAGAGUUGGGCACAGGCCAUCUGAAGACUGACAGUGAGGAGGAGAAGCCGACUGCUUUGGAGUCUUAUCUCAGCUCUCUGAGUAAUCAGGAGGCACCGGACCAAAAGGCUGAGCAGCCAGCACUGACAGAGUUCUUAGAGGAGGCUGCAGACGGACUACAUCUAUUGUCAGACAAGCUGCCACCACCAGGUAAAGCUCUGUUGGAUGUGCUGCUGUUGGCCUCUGCUGAGCAGUCCCCUCCUGUUAAAGACCUUCUGCCUCUGCUGGGAGCCCUCAAACACAUGUCCUGCUGGCAUGCUGCUAAAAUCACUGUAGUCACACACCAUGCCACUGGGUGGCAGAAAGCAGCAGCCCACCUGAGUGCAGGCCUGGUAGAUCCCGCUGAGCUGGAUAGCUGUUUAGACAACAAGGAACUAUGGAGGGGCAGCCUGGUUGUCAGAGAGAAGAAGUUUGUGUCCGAGCUCCGUUUCGAUGGCUUUUCUCUGCGCUCUCCAGUUCACCACAUGUCAGGGGCCAGUCUCUUGCAAGCUCCCCACACCACUACGGACCACAGACUACAGGCUGAGGUCUUUCAUUACUACGCACCAGUGUUAGACUUGGUUCAGCUGGUUAAUCUGUCAGACCUACCCAGCUUUCUGAUGUCCAGCACCCAGUUCGAACUGGGCCUGUCUGGGAGGUCAGUGAAAGCUAAACUGCUGUUGAACCAGCUGAGGUCACUGCGUGGAAAGAUUGGAGCAUUGUUCAGCUUGUCCUGUAUGAUCACCCCGAUCGCCCAGCCAGCAGCCAGCCAACUCAGUGCUCAGCGCUGGAGAGAGUAUAUGGCCAGGAGACCAAAGUCCUUACCCACGCCUGAUGUUGAGGUGAAAGGUGAAAGCACUCAGUACUUCCUGUUGGUCCAGGGCUCGGACAGCGUCGGCUGUGGUGCCUGCAGGGUCAGGAUGUUGCACUCGUACAGUCAAAUUAAUGGAGCAGCUGCCAUGGCAACCGUCUCUGGGUUGCUGAAAGAGAAGUCUUUGCUAUCAGGACGAACCGUAGCUGACAUCCUCCACCCUCUGCCCUGUCUCCAAGGAGACGGCCUGCUGGAAAGAGAGCGGAAAGUGACCAAAGUUCAGACACUAGUAGUCAAAGAAUAUCUCAGACAGAAAGAAGAAGCAUCAGCCUCGGCUUCAGUACCCAUCAACGAUUUGAAGCUCAUUCUGAAUCUGGCCAGGGAGCAGUACCUGAAGAUGAUCGACUCUACUCUGCCCUCAGCGUCCGGCUGUCUGGCAAAUGAGCAUGAGACUGCCAAGAACCCAGGUUUUCAGACUGUUUCCCAGCAGCCAUCUGACUGGCCUGAAAGGAGCAUCCUUCACAACAUAGAGAACCUACAGAGGAGACGACAGAAGAGAAGAUUGGGUCUGUUAGGUCCGGCCUCCAGUGACUGCCUGCUGGGUCCUAAAGACAUUCAAAAGGGCUCCUCUGCUUUACUAGAUGCCAAAGAACUUUUAAGACACUUCACAUCUGAUGGACACCCUACUGGGGAGCUACAACCACUGGCUAUCAAUAGAGGUAAUAAUGUGUUCCAGUUGUCAUCAGACCUCUCUCCAGGCAGAGUCAGCCAGAUGCCCUUCAGCAAGGCUUCAGCCUCACAUUACCAUGGCAUAGAGUUCUGCCUGGACAGUCAGCGGUCUUUGGAACGGGACCAGGCCUUUGUGCGUCUCCAGUCCCGUCUGAUUCGCCAUGAGACCCAAACCACCUGCACCAAAGAGCCCUGUGCCCUUCCCUUUGCCAUCAGCCCCGCCCCCUCCCCUGCUGUGAUGUCAGAACCAGGAAGUGUGCCUGACGGAGAGACUCUGCAGAACGUGGAUGUAGCACGACUCAAGCGAAGGUCCAGGGACACAGAUGUUAUCGGAGGUUAUCCUUGUAAAAGGCUGGUGAAGUCAGAGAGCAGUGACUCUCUCUGUUCUCAGAGCAGCAGCAGCAGUGGUACACGCCCCACUUUGAGGUCUCUGAGACAACAGCCGGGCAGAUCCCAGUCCACCUCGUCCUUCACUGGCUCUUCUUCCUCUUCAGCUGCAAGACACACAUCCUCGGGUUUGGUGACACUCCCCUCUGCUGAAAAACCUAAACCCCAGCAGCAGAAGACGCUUUGUGACCAACAAGAGGAGAAACCUGCCAAAGAGUCACGCUCCCAGAAACACAACAGGAUGUUGCAGGAGGUAGUAGCUAAAACACUCAACCACCACGGGAUCACUGCCGAGCACGAGCGCUUUGAGGCCUGCAGCAAGAGACUGUUUGAUAUCUCCAAAUUCUAUCUCAAGGACCUGACGACGUCUCGGGGUCUGCAUGACGAGAUGAAGAAGGCAGCUAGCAGCAACGUUAAACAGGUCAUUGACUGGGUGUUGGAGAAAACCUCAAGGAAGUGAAAGCAGACGUUUUGAUGUAUUAUGUAUACAUAUGUUGCAGUAACCUUGGACUUAAUGCUUUAUUUAAUUUGCUUCAGUGAGAAGAUCAUACAGGUGUCCACGAUUUUUUAUUUCUUAGUUUAUACUGAUUUUUAGCAUAUUUUUUUGUGUGUGAUUGUGUGCUCAUUAUUUCUGGUAUAUACGUCCACUGCUCCAGGGCCUUGUAACAGAAAAACACUUGGACAUACUGGAGUACACUCUGCUCUGGCUGCAGUCACUGAGAAUCCACAGGCACCUAGAUGUUGGCUUCAGGUUGAAGUUUUCUUUGCUUUUUAGCAGAUUUCAAUUUUCACAUCAUUUCCAUCUUGUUCAUCUUGUUUCUAAGCACAGUAAUCUUAUGGUUUUAUAGUUGUACAUUUUAUAUCUUUGUAUUUAAUAUUUUACUCAAUAAAUGCAUUUAAUCUUAUCUUGUUUCUAUGGGAAAGUGCAUUUGUGUGUUUAGAGAAAUCAUAUGAGUUUGUGUCAUUGUUUGUGUGUUGUGUCUGAGAAAUAUGUAUUACAUUGUCAGCCCUGACAGCUAACAAACAAAGCUACAGUACAAGCAAUGCAGCACUGAUCAUCACUGACAGUCAGAUUUGUCCUGCUUGUGCGAAUUUGUCCUCGAUGCAGACUCAUCUGGACCUGCUGAGAAUUCUUCAUUCCCAUGAUGAGAUUCAACACUUUUGCUACUGGCAUCAUGUUGGCUUUUCUCCAAGAGGAGCUGGCUACAUGUUUCACCAAUUAAAAAAUUCUCUCCUAUGCCAAGUAGACAGAGAGCAGUCUGGGGUUUUUGUGACACUAAAUAACAGGACUGUUUUAUGAACAGGAAGAACUUGUGUUUUGGUCUUUACUAUGAAUUAUAAUGUGCUUUAUUUUACAGGGCUAAGUUCUUAAUGUCAGUUUCUUAGGAGUUUUUCUGGAAAGAACAAUGGUAUUUGUAAUUUGGUAUUCAUUUCAGGGGAAAUUGACUUUUCUUAAUAGAACUGCUCUAUAUA